AUGGCAGGAAGUGGUCCCAUUAUAAUACCAAACAUAAAACAAUUACAUGAAAAAGAUCAUGCAUCUACUUCUAAUGUUGAUUAUUCCAAUAUUAGAGGAAAGAGUGUCUUAGUUAGUCCAUCAGAAGAUCAAUAUGAAUUGUUACUUAGGCGCUUAAAAGAGAGAAUUCAAGAUGGUGGCAGUGAGACAAUUUUUGAUAUUGGUAUUGGUGAAGCAAAUGCUGGUAUUGUUGGAAUGACAAAAGAACAUCUUGGUUUAGCUUUAGCUCUGUCAGUUCCAGUAUUUGUUGUAGUUACAAAAAUUGACAUGUGCCCACCAAAUAUAUUGCAAGAAAAUUUAAGACUGCUGAUAAGGAUCUUAAAGUCUCCGGGUUGUAGAAAAGUACCCGUUACUGUGAAGACACCUGACGAUGUUGUCGUUAGUGCUACUAAUUUUGUAUCUGAACGGUUAUGCCCCAUCUUUCAAGUAUCAAACGUAACAGGAGAAAAUUUAAAUCUCCUUAAAAUGUUUUUAAAUUUAUUGACUGCAAGAAUGACUAGUCACGAAGAUGAACCAGCAGAGUUCCAAAUAGAUGAUACAUACUCAGUACCAGGGGUUGGUACUGUAGUUUCUGGCACAACAUUAAAAGGUGUCAUAAAAUUAAAUGAUACUUUAUUAUUAGGACCUGAUCCAUUAGGUCGUUUCAUUCCAAUUGCAGUAAAAAGUAUACAUAGGAAGAGAAUGCCUGUUCGUGAAGUGAGAGGUGGUCAGACUGCUAGUUUUGCAUUGAAAAAAAUUAAAAGGUCGCAAAUUAGGAAGGGUAUGGUAAUGGUAGCACCAGCGUUAAAUCCACAAGCUUGUUGGGAAUUUGAGGGGGAAAUUCUUGUAUUGCAUCACCCUACAACAAUAAGUUCUUGUUAUCAAGCAAUGGUGCAUUGUGGAAGUAUAAGACAAACGGCAUCCAUAAUUUCUAUGUCGCAAGAUUGUUUAAGAACAGGAGAUAAAGCUUUAGUACGCUUCAGAUUUAUAAAGCAUCCUGAAUAUAUAAAACCAGGACAAAGAAUGGUAUUUAGAGAAGGACGUACUAAAGCAGUAGGCAAUGUAGUAAAACUUAUUCCAUAUACUAAUACUACAAUUACACAAACGUGUAGAGCCAAUAAAUCGAAUAAAACAUCUCAAAAUCGACAGAGCUCUUCAUCUACAAUACAAUCAUUAGAUGCAACGGAAAUAAAUUCUUCAUUCGAAGAACAAACACCAAAACAAGAGAAUUUGCUUCAAAAGCCUAACAAAAGUCAAAAUAAAAAAAAUAGAGGACGAAGGGGAGGACGAUCUCAUAAUACUGCAAACAGUAUUAUUCAACCUCUGUCAGAAUAA